AUGUCUCUGUUCACUCUACUUUUCGUUGAGAUCACACGGGGCCGAAUGAAGGAUGCCAGCAAGACAUGUCUCAGGAUAAUGCACAACACUCGAUCCGCAACCGAAUCCGAAGUCUCCAUGAAGCAGCACCAAGGCCGGGUUGUCUACUUGACCCUAUGUGCGCUAGGAGAGGUUGCUGCUUGGUUUCCUGAGCCAUCGACGGCUGUGGAUCAUGCUGUUCGGUUCUGUGACCCUGCUGUUGGCUUUACAUUGGGUUGGAGCUACUGGCUCAAAUACUUGGUCGUCACUCCCAACCAAUUAACCGCCGCGGCGCUCGUGAUAUCAUAUUGGCUCGAUGCAAAGGAUGUAAACCCCGGGAUUUGGAUUACGGCAUUUCUCGUAGUCAUUGGCUCUGUCAACUAUUGGGCCGCUCGCUUCAUUGGACCAUACGAGUUCGCACUGUCAUCUUUCAAAAUCCUGGUCUUGUCUGCGCUUACGGUGCUCUCGGUGGUCAUUGCACUUGGGGGCGGGCCGGAUCAUGAUAGAAGGGGUUUCAGAUACUGGAGAGACCCGGGCGCCUUUGCUUCCUACGGCAAUCAUGAACUGGUGGGAAAGCUACGAGCCGUUAGCAAGACUAUGCCCUCCACUAUAUUUGCGUACUUGGGUAGUGAGCUCCUUGGGAUGACCAUGCUGCAAACCGGGAACACACCAAAGGCUGCAGCGCGCGCCAUCAAGCUCACAUUCUAUCGAAUCUUCAUUUUCAACAUUGUCAGCGUAACGCUGCUCGGUAUGCUCAUUCCAUACGACUCCCAAGACUUGGCCUUUGCGAACAACGCCUCCAAGCCGACGACAGUCUCGGUUUUUGUUGUGGCAAUCAGAAUGGCCCAUAUACCGACCCUUCCAAGCAUUCUCAAUGCGUGUUUCCUGCUGUUUGUUCUAUCAGCUGCUAACCAAGCCCUUCAUAUGGCGACCCAGAUCAUCCAUGGGCUAUCUCAGGAACAAAAAGCCCCCUCCUUCUUAUCAAGAACUGACCGUAGGGGUGUUCCUGUCUAUUCGUUGGGCACAUGCGCACUUCUAGCAUCAUUGGCAUAUCUGAACAUUUACAACGACUCCAAGGUUCUUUUCGGGUACUUUGUCAACAUAAUCACUAUGUUCAGCCUUCUCACUUGGAUCUCAAUUCUGAUCACGCAUAUUUCAUUUGUGCGCGCGCGCAAGGCCCAAAAAGUUCCUGACUCGGCGCUGGUCUUCAGAGCUCCCUUCGGCGCUUGCGGGUCAUGGGUCGCUCUGAUUAGCUGCAUUCUCCUUUCUUUGAUGAGAGGCUUGGAUGUCGCAGAGCUAGCCACUCAACCAGAAGCAUUCGACUAUAUGACUUUGAUUACGUCGUAUAUCGCUGUUCCUCUCUAUCUGUCCCUUGUCAUUGGAUAUAAGGUCGUGACCCGAUGCGAGAGCGUCAACCCCGCUGAGGCUGAUCUCUGGACCGUUACAACGAUUCGUGAGCGGCAUGAGUCUCCAAAACCGGAAGACACGGGGUUAGCAGAUCAGAACCACUGGUUAUGGAAUCGUUUUGUCGCCGCAUGGUUGUUGUGA